AUGGCUGUCUAUCACGAUCUCGAUUGGCUCUUCGCCGUCGGUACCAUCUUCUUCAUUCUCUCUGUUUGGGGAAUCGGUGCCAAUGAUGUAGCCAACUCCUACGCAACCUCGGUCAGCUCUAGGUCCCUGACCUUGAUCCAAGCCGGUAUCCUGGCGACCAUCACUGAGUUCAUCGGUGCUAUUGCCCUUGGACAACAGGUUACCUCGACCAUUCGCAGUGGUGUGUUUUCCAUUGAUCGCUUCUUGGACUCUCCAGGAGUGUUGAUCAUGGCCAUGGUAGUUGCUGAAGUCGGCUCCUCGAUCUGGCUUACCGUCUGCACGUACCUCGGAUUUCCAGUGUCCACCACCCAAUCCAUUGUCGGCGCCCUCAUCGGUGUCGCUAUUGCGGCAGAGCUCCCUGUCCACUGGGGUUGGAAGUCACAGAGCGUUUCCCAAAUCGCCGCCUCUUGGGGCAUUGCCCCCCUCAUCUCGGCCGCAUUCGGUGCCAUCAUCUUCACCAGUAUCCGGCUGCUGGUGCACUCGCGUGAGGAUCCCAUGAAGUGGGCGUUGCGCGUUAUUCCAUUCUAUUACGCCAUUACUGCUGGCAUCCUGGCAUUGUUCAUCGUCAUUAGCGGUGGUCACGGAAUCCCAAAGCUCGAGGACUUGGGUGCAGGCAAGGCUUGUGGAAUUAUCAUUGGCGUCUUUGCCGGUGUCUGGGUUAUCAGUGCCGUCUUCUUUGUCCCUUACUACUGGCAUCGCCGCCUGCGCUUCUGGCAUAUCCCCAUGGGCCCUCUUCUCUGGAAGGACAACUACACCUUGUAUUUCCCGGGUAACCCGGACAAUGGCAUUGUGCCCAACUACUAUGAAAGCGACCUGAAGGCUGAGACGGACACUCUUCGCUCUGGCUCUGCCACCGAGGGACAAGAGUCCACCCUCGCCAGUCCAGAAAUUGAGCCCCUCAAGGGUGAUACCAGCGCUGAGAACGACGCUCGUAGGGCUGAUGCCAAGAUUGCAGAGAAACAUCAAAAGGAGCUCCAGGCUUUGGACACUCUGCCUUGGAUUCAUCCCAAGCGAAUCUUCGCCACCCUCAAGCUUGUUUUCACCUAUGGUAUUACCCGCGAUGUCAUUCAUCACCAGUCAAAGGGUCUUGAUCAUAUCCAUCAACGUGCCCCUGCCUUUGACAACAAGGUUGAGCAUCUAUGGACCACUGCCCAGGUUUGCUCUGCUAUGAUCAUGUCUAUCUCCCACGGCGCCAACGAUGUCUCGAACGCUAUUGGUCCAUUCACAACCGAGUAUAUGACCUGGCACUCCGGCAAGACAUCCACCAAAACUGACACCCCAACCUGGAUCAAGGCUGUAGGUGGUCUUGGACUCGGUUUUGGCUUCUGGACUUUCGGCUACCACAUCAUGCGCAGUCUCGGCAACCGCAUUACCAAGCACUCGCCUACCCGUGGGUACAGCAUGGAAUUGGGCGCUGCGAUUACUGUGUUGCUUGCGUCGCGACUGGGUCUUCCCGUUUCCACUACGCAGUGCAUCACUGGUGCCGUCCUGGGCGUUGCCUUGGUCAACAUGGAUCUGAGAAGUAUCAACUGGAAACAGCUGGGCAAGAUCUUCUUUGGGUGGGUUUUGACUCUCCCGUGUGCUGGUCUCAUCAGUGGAAUUAUCAUGGGGAUGGCACUUAACGUUCCCCAAUGGGGACGCUAA